AUGAAUCUUUUACCGGAAAAUGGUUGUUGUACUGAGCUGAAGAAAAAGUAUUCGAAGCUUCAAGAAUCACGGAAUGCUCUAAGAGAAGCUGUGAAGCUGCUCGAACAAACUGUUAACAAGUUCCAAACUCAGAAUGUGAGCCUCAAAAAAGCAUACCAGGAAGAAUCAGCUAAGGCAAAAAUUGAAAAAGAGGAAAAGCUGAAAGAAUUCAAUGCUAAGGUUUUGUUAGAGAAUGAAGUUUCUGCUUUAAAAUCUGAGAUCACUGCAUUGCAGCUGAAAUGUGACACAGUUGCUCAGGAAGAACAUGAGGAUGUGGAAGCUUUGGAAGCCGAUAUAUCUGAUAAGGAAAAGGAAAUUGAUAGAUUGAAGAAAGUUGUGGAGAAAGAGAAGAAAAAGGCCGAGUCUGAGAGGAAGGUUGUUGAGAAUGAGGUUUGUGCCUUAAAAGCUGAGAUCAAUGCAUUGCAGCAGAAAUGUGGCACAACUGCUCAGGAAGAAAAUGAGAAUGUGAAAGCUUUGAAAGCUGAUAUAUGUGAUAAGGAGAAGGAAAUUGUUAGAUUGAAGAAACUUGUGGAGAAAGAAAAGAAAAGGGCUGAUUCUGAGAGGAAGGUUGUUGGGACUGAGGUUUCUGCCUUAAAAGCUGAGAUCAGUGCAUUGCAGCAGAAAUGUGGCACAAAUGCUCAGGAAGAAAAUGAGAAUGUGAAAGCUUUGAAAGCCAAUAUAUCUGAUAAGGAAAAGGAAAAUGAUAGAUUGAAGAAACUUAUGGAGAAAGAAAAGAAAAGGGCUGAUUCUGAGAGGAAGGUUGCCGAGAAUGAGGUUUCUGCCUUAAAAUCUGAGAUCAAUGCAUUGCAGCAGAUAAGUGUCACAGUUGCUCAGGAAGAAAAUGAGAGUAAAGCUUUGAAAGCCGAUAUAUUUGAUAAGGAACAGGAACUUGAUAGAUUGAAGAAACUUAUGGAGAAAGAAAAGAAAAGGGCUGAUUCUGAGAGGAAGGUUGCCGAGAAUGAGGUUUCUUCCUUGAAAGCUGAGAUCAAUACAUUGCAGCAGAAAUGUGGCACAAUUGCUCAGAAAGUAAAUGAGGAUGUGAAAGCUUUGAAAGCUGAUAUAUCUGAUAAGGAAAAAGAAAUUGAUAGAUUGAAGAAGCUUGUGGAGAAAGAAAAGAAAAGGGCUGAUUCUGAGAGGAAGGUUGCCGAAAAUGAGGUUUCUGCCUUAAAAUCUGAGAUCAAUACAUUGCAGCAGAUAAGUGUCACAGUUGCUCAGGAAGAAAAUGACAAUAACGCUUUGAAAGCCGAUAUAUCUGCUAAGGAAAAGGAAAUUGAUAGAUUGAAGAAACUUGUGGAGAAAGAAAAGAAAAGGGCUGAUUCUGAGAUGAAGGCUGCCGAGAAUGAGGUUUCUGCUUUGAAAUCUGAGAUCAAUGCAUUGCAGCAGAAACGUGGUUCAGUUGCUCAGGAAGAAAAUGAGAAUAAAGCUCUGAAGGCUGAUAUAUCUGAUAAGGAAAAGGAAAUUGAUAGAUUGAAGAAACUUGUGGAAAAAGAAAAGAAAAGGGCUGAUUCUGAGAGGAAGGUUAGCGAGAAUGAGGUUUCUGCCUUAAAAUCUGAGAUCAAUGCAUUGCAGCAGAAAUGUGCCACAGUUGCUCAGGAAGAAAAUGAGAGUAAAGCUUUGAAAGCCGAUAUAUUUGAUAAGGAAAAGGAACUUGAUAGAUUGAAGAAACUUAUGGAGAAAGAAAAGAAAAGGGCUGAUUCUGAGAGGAAGGUUGCCGAGAAUGAGGUUUCUUCCUUGAAAGCUGAGAUCAAUAUGUUGCAGCAGAAAUGUGGCACAAUUGCUCAGGAAGUAAAUGAGGAUGUGAAAGCUUUGAAAGCUGAUAUAUCUGAUAAGGAAAAAGAAAUUGAUAGAUUGAAGAAGCUUGUGGAGAAAGAAAAGAAAAGGGCUGAUUCUGAGAGGAAGGUUGCCGAGAAUGAGAAAAAGAAGGCUGCUGAAGCUUGUAAGUUAUUGGAAGCAGAGAAGAAAGUAUCUAUGAAUAAGGGGAUGCAACUUUCCAAAAUCGAGGCAGAGAAGGUUGAAGAGUAUAGGCUUCAGCAAGUUCACUUGGAGAAAGAAGUCACUGAAACAAAAAUGAAGCUGGCUUCUGAGUUGUUGAAGUUUAAAGAGGCAAGCAAAAGAGUUGAAGCGGAAAAACAGAAGCUCUUGGUAGAAAAAAGGAAUGCUGAGUCAAAGUUGAAAAAAGCUCAAGAACAGGUAGGGGUUGAAAAACAGAAGGCAGUUAGAGAAAAGCGGCGUGCAGAUGAGGAGCAUGUUAAAGUAGAGGAGCAGAAAAGGCUUGCUCAAGAUAACUGGAAGAGUGGCAAGGAAGCAAAACAUCUUGCUGAUCAGAGGUCUCGGGAGUUAUUAGAAAAUAAGAAGACAAUUGAGGAUUUGAAACAGAAGAUUCAGGAGCUUUCAUCUCUAAGAAAACCCAAUGAAAUAUCUGGAGUAUCUUCUAAUGGGAGUGCUGAAAGUGAUAAAAUACAGCUUUUGAAAAGCAGUUUAGAGCUUGAAAAGUUACGUGCAAAGCAUGCAAGGGAAAAGUUAAAACAUGAAAGGAAGAAGUUUGAGCAUGAAAGGAUGAAGUUUAAAUACGAAGAAUGUUGUCGUAACACUUUCCAGAAGGAAUUGCACCGCAUAAAGCUUGAUUGUAUUCAAAAUUACAAUCACCUUACUAUGCUGGAUGCAUCCUUUUCACAUGUCGCUGGAAGUAUGCAUGGCCCAGCUAAGUGUCAGAAUAUGCCCAGCAUGCAGAAACCUGAUGUCAUGACUCAACUCUGCAAUCUAGGUAUGCCUCAAAUGCACAGCUGUGUUGAAAAUGAGCUUACGAAGCCUUGCGGCGUAAAGGUUGGUGCGUGCGAUUCUUUGAGGAAAAGCAUGCAGAAUCCUCCACUUCUUGCUAUAUCUGAAGGGAAUUAUACUGAACCCAUCACAGGAAAGAGAUCAGUUAUUUGUCAUGAUGGAAUAAGGAAUAGGAUUUCUGAUACAAUCGAAUGUGUUGCAAAUUUGUCUUCUGAGGAGAGUGACAGGCCCCACAAGAAGAGAAAGAAAUCUCAUAGGGAAAAAGAGCAUACACCUGGGAAUGAGAAAAAGAAAGCAGAAGACCCAAAAGCUGGAGUCUAUGAGGAUGCAGAUGGCUUCAGACAAACCACCUGUCCUGCAUAUAGGGACAGGAUAUUUGAUGAAAUAUAUAGUGGAAAUGCUAUGAAGUUGUUAGAUUUAGAAAAUGCCGUUGAUGAGGAACGCUAUAGAAGAGCCAUGAGUGCACCCUUGUCACCACUAUCUCUCGAGACUGAAACAGUUGCUUUAAAUAAUGUGGAGCCUUUUCAGGACAAAGUUCUUCAUACAGACUUGUUGAAUCAAAGAGAUUUGUCUCCUUCGACUAGAUGUGAUGUCAUUGAUGUUGGGAUGAAUUCCAACAUGCAAAAAUUUGAUGCAUUUACAGUUCCUUGUAAUGGAGACAAGUCAAAGCAGGAUAUACCAACUGAUGUAACAUUGCAGGAAGCUCAUUCUUUGGAAAAUUUAAAGGAUACAUCUUUGGCAGAGAUUGGAAAUGGAUCUUUACACAAUCAACUUCCUAAUUUUUGUCUCAUAGUAUCAGAUAGGGAUGAUAACAGUAGCAUAUCUAGGAAACUUCUUGCUACAAGGAAUUGUAUAGCACGGUGCAGUUUGGAUACUCAAACAGGAUGGGAAGUUGCUAGCAUUCUGACUGCAGUUGACAUGGAAGAAAUAUCCUCACAAAAUGAGAAGCUUUCCAUGUUGUUGACACUUUUGCUGUUCAACUUUACCAUGACUGCAAUGAAAUUUAGUGAAGGCAACUUAAUCCUUUGCUUGAGUUCUUAUGCUGAACACAUCUGUAGAGUUCUGGCUGAUGCAGACACAAGGAUGUUGCUGUUAGAAAAAAAUUCGUUGCUGGAGCUGCUCCGCCUCAUUGAAGAUUUUCUCAUAGAAGGAAAAGUUAUAUUAAAAGAUAUAGUACCUACUGAGACCCCAUCUGAUAGUGAUUUGAGAAAUGAAAAUUUUCUGGAUGGCCUAGACACGUUAAGUUCUAAAGUAGCUAUGGAUGAGCAGUUGGUAGCGGCGGGUAUUAUACUAGCAUCAAUAUGUGCUGCAACUGAUUAUAUUGGAUUUCUUUCCGAGGCAUCAUAUAAUAUUCUUAGAUUGUGCAGAUAUGAUUCUUUUAUGGUGCUAACUAUUCUUCACAUUUUUGCUAACCUGGGUGGAAAAAAGUAUUUUGACUCGUGCAGUUUUGGCUUGAUGGUGACCGUCUUGAAAUCUCUAGUUAUGUUUCUUGAGGGAGGGAGCAUAUCUGUCACUCCUGCUUCUUGUCUUCCAUCAAUAAAUCAGCUGAGUACUGAUUUAUGUACUAGCGUUAAAUGCCCUUUCUCGGAAGGUGCCGAGUCCAUUGAUGUUGUUACAUUCUUGCUCUUAGAGAAGAUCAAGAAGCAUCUAUUUCAGCAAGAAGGACAAUUUGAUUCGUCAUGUUUCAGAUCCCUUUUAGACAAUUAUAAUAAUGGACAGUGGUCUAAUCAGGAUGUGGUUCCAUGUACCAAUAGCAUAAGUUGUGAUGCGUCAUGCUGUUUGAAAAACCAUGUGGCUUGUCGUACUCAACCAGAUGUUCAUAUUGAUGUUACCUUAUGCCAACUUAGUGACAUUCUCUCAUUGUUGGAGCUUGUUGCAAACAAAAUGGGCUGGCAAUGGACCAACACAAAACUUGUUCCUCAGCUGCUUCAUGUACUGGAUUCUUGUGUGGUGGAGAACGCUGCGGUUGCUGUCAUUGCUCUUCUUGGUCAGCUUGGAAGGUUUGGAGUUGAUGCUGGUGGGUAUGAAGACCAAGGAGUUGAACACUUGAGAUCUAAGUUACUGUCUUAUCUAAACAAUUUUUCCAUCAAAGCAGGCACUUCUCUUCAAAUUGCUGCUGCCACUGCUCUGUUUGGUCUUCUUCCUCUUGAUUUAGAAGCAGCUUUGAAGAACGAGUUUAAUCUUUCAGCACAUUCUAGUAAAUCUAUUUCUGAUGACGCUGCAAGUUUAAAGAAAUGGUUUUCUGGGCUAGCGGAACAUCAAAGGGAAUCGCUAAAUGGCAUUUUAAGAUGCGCUGAUUAA